UGGUGCAAGCGUCUCCUUAUAAAAGUGCCUCUUCAUUUGUUUUGCUUGAUCAGGAACUGCCGAAGAGUAGAGUAGAAAUGUUCGAUAAGAGCAACAGAAAAUAAAUAAAAGGUUUUGGUGCUGGGAAAUGUGAGGAGACAGGAUACCUGGUUCGUGCGUAAUAUGGAUACUUCUACGACUCUUUAAAGUGUUGUUGUCACUGCUGCUCCAAUUGUUGUACCACUGAAGAAGAGAACACCGAAAGCUGUGGACAAAUAGCUCAGCAAGAUUAAAAGCCUGACACUUACACUUUUACUGGGGUCGUUUUAAGUGCCCGCACCACCUCUUGCAACACAGGUCCCUCCAUCCCUGCAGUCAAAGAUGACGGAGAGGGCGCCAUGGUGGAAAGCAUUCUUGCCAAAGAUAAGGAGUGGUUCCUCCAUUGGUCCAGACUUUGAUCCUUUUGCACGACCAAAGAACCCCCCUGCACCUUCCAAGACCUCUCAGCAGGAGUCCAACAAAAGCUCCAGCUUUCUCAGCAAUGAGACCUUCGAUGACUCCCAGAUGGACUCGGUGUUCAAUGAGCAGACUUGUCGCAGGAACAUGAAGAUAUCACGCUCAGGUCGAUUCAAAGAAAAGAAGAAGAUCCGUUCAACUCUUCCAGAAGAGGCGAAAGAGAGAGUGAAUGUGGCAUCAGGGAGAGAGGACAGACGGUGACGGGAGGAAGGACGGAAGGAAGGAAAAGGAGGCAGAUCAACGACUGCUUCACAGAGAUGCUUGAAAAGAAGGAGAAGGAAAGAUCGAGGUCUAUGAAGAUGUUUCACUCUCACAAGGCAUCCCAGGAAGUUUGCCGAAUUUGGUUUUUGUAUGAUGGUGAUGAUGAAGCUGAUGAGCAUUCAAGUUUUAGCUUGAUACUGAAAGAAUAUGACAGAAAUGAUUUUUGGACAUUUUGUUCAUGGACUUUGCCAGAAAAGCAACAAAACAAAGCAGCAACAAAAUCAGUGUAGCAACUGGCAAAUGGAUUACAUUGUUUUUGUCAGCAAAACAGUGCUCAUGAGCCCAGUGUGAUUAUUAUCCUAUACUAUCCCCUUAAAACACACGACCCUCGAAUGCCAUUUUCUUUCAGUGCUUAACGUGUGUGAUAUGCUUCAGAGAGAUACUGCUCAUAAGAUGUUUACAUUUUUUGUGUGUAAUAAGGAUAAUAUAUAAUAAUAAUAAUAUUAUUAUUAUUAUUAUUAUUAUUAUUAAUAAUAAUAAUAUAGGCCUAAUAAUGAAGGAUAAGUGACAAAAAUUUUACAAUGCAUUUUACAAGGGUUAGUAGGGUGUUUAUGAAGGUGUAAAUGCUUCAAUUAUGUGCGUGAACAAAAGAGAAAUUGUUUGUGAGCAGUCGUCAGUCAGCUAUACAAUACAAGCCAGCAAAAUGUAUAAAAUAUUUUAAUGAAGGAUUAAAAUUGGCACAGUGCAUAAAGCCUUAAGCAAAGCUACUGCUAAUGAAAUGAGUAGUUAAUGCAUUAAUGUCCAGCUGAAUGAGAUGUGGACAAGGAAGU